UAUUUUUAGUUUUACAGUGAAGCCGUUAGAUAUCGAAGUAACAGAUGUUUGGACGAAAGAAAUAGAGAAAACUAAACAAAAACAGAUUCGGUUUGUAACUGACGUGUGAAAUCUGUUUGCUUCAAGUCUGCCAGCUUAUUCCACGUCUCCUAAUGGGGAAGGGAAAAUAAAAUAGGAUGUGUGUGAUAGUGAUCUGUUAACAUUAAAAGUCGCAGUAACGAUGAGAUCUGGUUGUUAUGAUUUUGCUCGUUUUUAAUCAUUUUGAUGAAAUGGCGAACCAGGUGUUAGUCAUUCGAAUUAAAAUCCCAGACGGUGGCGAUGUGGAUUGGACCGUGCACUGCGUUUCACAGCUCAUUUUCCGAGAUGUCUUGGAUGUGAUUAGCCAGGUCUUACCAGACGCAACAACCACAGCUUUUGAAUAUGAGGAUGAGGAUGGAGAUCGAAUCACAGUGAGAAGUGAUGAAGAAAUGAAAGCCAUGCUGUCAUAUUAUUACAACACUGUAAUGGAACAGCAGGUGAAUGGGCAGCUGGUAGAGCCUCUGCAAAUUUAUCCAAGAGCCUGCAAGCCUCCUGGGAAACGGAACAUACAUGGCCUGAAGGUAAAUACUCGCACAGGACCCUCUAAUAAUAGCAGCUCAGCGGUCUCGGAUUCACUGCAGAACAAUAGUUUAAAGAAGUCUUCUGCAGAGCUGAAGAAGAUCUUAGCUAAUGGACAGAUGAAUGAACAAGACAUACAGUAUCGAGAUAUCCUUGGUCAUGGCAAUGGAGGCACGGUGUACAAAGCACACCAUGUCCCAAGCUCGAAGAUUUUAGCAGUUAAGGUUAUUCCUUUAGAUAUUACUCUAGAGCUUCAAAAACAAAUUAUGUCAGAGCUAGAAAUUCUUUAUAAGUGCGAUUCGUCCUAUAUAAUAGGAUUUUAUGGUGCAUUUUUUGUAGAAAACAGAAUAUCAAUAUGUACAGAAUUCAUGGAUGGGGGCUCUUUGGAUGUAUAUAGAAAAAUCCCAGAACAUGUACUGGGGAGAAUAGCUGUUGCGGUUGUUAAAGGUCUCACCUACUUGUGGAGUUUAAAGAUUUUGCAUCGAGAUGUCAAACCCUCUAAUAUGCUGGUGAACACGAGGGGCCAGGUCAAGCUGUGUGAUUUUGGAGUCAGCACUCAGUUAGUCAAUUCCAUAGCAAAAACUUACGUUGGAACAAAUGCAUACAUGGCGCCUGAGCGAAUAUCAGGUGAACAGUAUGGAAUCCAUUCGGAUAUGUGGAGUUUAGGAAUUUCAUUUAUGGAGCUCGCUCUGGGGAGGUUUCCAUAUCCUCAGAUUCAGAAAAACCAGGGAUCUUUAAUGCCUCUUCAGUUAUUGCAGUGCAUUGUUGAUGAGGACCCUCCAGUUCUUCCGGUCGGGGAGUUCUCAGAGCCGUUUGUACACUUCAUCACUCAGUGUAUGAGGAAGCUGCCUAAGGAGAGACCAGCUCCUGAAGACCUCAUGGGCCACUCAUUCAUCCUGCUGUACAACGAUGGGAAUGCGGAAGUGGUGUCUAUGUGGGUGUGCAGGAUGCUGGAGGAGCGGCGGUCCCAGCAGGGCCUCCAGUGAGAGGCACGAGGGCUGGCACAGCAAACUGCACCGUGCUAGCCAGCUUGAGGUGCCAAUUACUUCAAUGCCAAUUGAUUCAUACAGCGCCUUUCAAGACGAGCAUUCCGCGCCACCGUUACAAUUGUAUAGACAGUGAUCACAGUCAGGAAAUGGGACUGUAUUCUGCAUCCAUUUACUGCCAGCUCUGAUACCUCAGUUUUCUUUUGAGUUCUCGUUUGAAGUCUUCUCUCUGCUCAGUGUAGGAGGUUACACUGCAGGCAGUUCUGUUUGUCACUCUAACCGCUCCACAAUGUUAUUUUGCUUGGUGUUGCUGUAUGUUCCUGGAGAUGCCAGAAUCUGGUGUUUUUUAAUGUAAAUCAGCACCAGUGACAGCUUGUCCGGGAGCUGAAGACAAUCUGAGGCAAAGGCCACAUCGCAGAGUGCCAAUUCAAAGAGCCUCACCUCCAGCUUACUUUGCUUCUUCUACGGCUUGGUGUUGCCAGUGCUCUGUACUGACAGGAGAAUAUCAUUCAUAUAACCCCCCCCUCCUCCACACACACACACACCUUGUUUUGUUGCCACCACUGUGCACAGUGCAGAGAAGCUACUGUACCACAUGUUUUAAUCUUCGUCAUACUCCUACAGCAGGUGAGGUCAUUCUUGUAGACCUCCAAUUAGGAUUAGUCGUUUCUUGUCCUGAAAGCCCACUUUUAACAUCUUCAGCAUAUAUUUGAAAGUGCGCAAUGACAUAUAUUAAAAAAAAAAAAAAAAAAAUUAAAAAGGUGUGUGAUUUUAAUUUAGCAGAAACAGUGACUCGAGUGACUUGCCAUGCUAACCUGUGCUUUCCAUGUUUUCACUGUGCUUCACGAUGAUUUUACCAUGGGGUACCGUAUUGAACUUGUAUAAAAGAAACCUCUCUUUUUUCAGUCACAUUUGGCUCUGACACUGACGUUUUCCAGCCCUUGACUUGGCAUUAAUCAUGGUUACAGUCUGAACUUUGUCUUAAUUGCUCCUGUGUCACAGCCACUCGCCAGACAGGUGGUACCAGAAAUAAAUCAGCCGAGUUUCUACCUUAAGGUCCUGGUCUCACGUGAGACACAUCAGGGUUUUCAUGCCUCUGUAAUAUUUAACCUGUUCUAGAUUAAAUCUUACAGAUACAGACUUUGAGUGAGAGACUUCAUUUCAAUAAUGGUAUAGCAUAAAGCAGAGCGGCAGUGUGUCUUCGGGUGGAAUUAAACUGAUUAAACGAUGCAGAUCUCAAUGGGGUUCCUGGUCCUGGUAGAAACUAUGAAAGACAUGGAGAUGCAUGAAGUAAUUAGUUGUGCAAUUCCAUCCAGAGUGAGCUGUCCAGAGUGGUGCUCUCAUUGUGCUCCACUGAGCAAUGAAUGGGCUGUAUGUGUAUUUCUAUUGUUAUUAGACAUUAUAAAAAGCAUUGUACCAAUUACGAAGCCAUGCAAAUUCUUCCAUGUGUAAUAGGUUCAUUUGAAAAAGGCUUUUGCAAAAAAAAAAAAAAAAAAAAAAAAAAAACAAUAAUUACCAAUCCACAAACAUCCCUGUACCGUGCAUGUGAAAACAUCAACUAGAAAACGAGCUUCAGUCUCUCAAUACACUUAUUGACUGGCUAGUAGGCACCCACGGUCUCCUGCUGGA